UUGAAAUGUAUUUUACGAACUCUCACUGUUGUUUCUCUAAUCUGGAUUUUAUUCUGUGGUUUCAGUAAAAUUAAUCAGCAGAACAUGAACCGAGUGAUCAUCGGAGUUUAUUCCAUAUUUUCCCUCAAUUCAACAUUCUUAUGUAUUUGCUGCCUGCUGUAUAGCAUCGACUGGCAUGCACACAUAGCCAGCUGUGGAACAAGCGGUACAGUUCUGAACUAUUCUAAUGUUGCUACGGCAAUCCUUUUCGGAAUCGUUGCCCUAUGUUGUAUAUUAGUGAUCAUUCGUAGAUGUUUAGUUAUGGGCAGAAUAGAAGCCAACAUCAGAGAGAGCACUUUCUUAGUUUUUUUAUCCGCUUUCUCACUAUUCUAUACAGUUCUUUGGGGAACAGUUAUGCUCAUUUCCUUGUUUUUCAAGUUCGAUCUGGAAUGCUUGAAAUCUAAGUCGAAUAAGAGAGAUUUCGAGUUGCUUUGGCUGCUUGUUUUAGAAGCAGUGGUUUCUGGUGUUCUACUACUAAUUGCAGCCGUGUAUAUAUCAGUCAACAUUGAUAAAUCGCAAAAGAGAGAGGAUCCCGUCAAACUUCCUUGA